UGCGUUGGACGUCAAACGCAGAGUGACAGUCUUAAUAAAAAAAAUACAGGAAAUCACUAACAAGUCGUAAUAUUCCUAGCUAAAGCCUGAAAACGAAAGAGGUACGCUCGCGUUCUCAAAAAGCUCUUCGAAAUGUCAUUCGUGAGUGUAAUGUUCGGGUUAUAAUCGUUAUACACAAAUAUAAUAAUAAUAGCAUAAUAAUAAAAAUAAAUACAAUAACGAGCGUAUUAUCGUUUACUCUAACGGUGAUAACAAGAGGAAGAUACCAUCGCGAAAUUAGGUAGCGUUCAAGUUACGAAAAAUAUUGAAACUUGAAGUUUCAACAUAUUCGCCAACUGUGCUAAACGAACUGCCCUCCAACAAACUUAUUUAGGUACAAUUCCCUCAGUGAAAAGCUUUAAUUGCCAAGUGAAGAUAAUGGAAAACAUUGCCAAGAGAAUAUAUUUUCUACUGUAAGGUUUUAUCCUCCGCAAUGUGAGGCAACGAUUGAAACAUAACUACGCAUAGGAGACAUGUGCAGAUGUUACGGAGUACUCUUAGGUGGAUGACAGGUUUUUCAGGGAUGGACUCCGGCAAGAAACUGGAGGCGGCUACCAGCAGUCAGCACACUGUUGCAGAGGCUGAAAGUUCAGAUUCGAUAGAGGUGGACAAUUCACGUACAGUUCUGCUAAAGAUAGCAACACUGUAUGCGGAGCGUCUUAUGAAUGACAUUUGUCUUGUUGUUGACGGUGUGGAAUAUCCGGCGCAUCGACUUAUACUUUGUGCUUCUAGUGAUGUUUUCCAAGUGAUGCUAAUGAGUCCACAAUGGAGCGAGUCUCAGGAAAGCAGGGUAACUCUCCAGGAAACGCCUCAGUGCGCGCCAAUAUUCAGCGAAUUUCUGCGUUACUUUUACACUGGCCAGAUAAGGAUCAACUACAGUGUCGUGCUGCCGAUACUGUCCCUAGCCGAUAAGUACAACGUGAAAGAUUUGAUAUCGUUGUGCCUUGAUUACAUGCAGAAUCACAUCGCACUGGCUGCCAUACACGGCACUCUGGUGUCGUGGUUGCAGUACACAUCCAAUUGUGGCCAUCAAGACAUCAGCCAAGCGUGCCAAAACUUCGUCAAGUGGAAUCUCGAGCUUGUGGCGAAGACUCCGGACUUCGGCAACUUUGACCUGGAUAUCCUGGUGUCGUUGUUGCACCAGAGUAGCUUAGUCGUGAAGGACGAGAUGACACUCUACAAGUGCCUAGAAUCGUGGCUGGAUCAUCAGGCGUAUCGAUUGAGGGCGCAACUGUCCGCGGACGAGCUGGAGGCCACGCUGCACCAGUUGGUGAUAGCCGUGAUGUCGCCCGUCAGGUUUCCGAUGAUGUCGCCGCGACAGCUGGCGGAUCUGCUGCUGUCGCCGCUGACGAAAAAGUACAAAGAAUUCUUCGUGGAACGCAUGUCGAUUGGCAUGUCCUUCCAUUCAGGCCAGACCGACCGGGUAAGAGAAGUGAGCCUGAGCGAAGAGGACGGCGCGCUGUUGUUCGAGCCGAGGCUCUACACCGUCGACACGUGCAGCUCGCUGUUGACUAUCGAGAAUUUCCACGGACUGCCAUCUUAUCACACGAGAACUCUCGUCUUCUCCAGCCACUCGAGUCUGGCGGAAUACGCGGGCGACAGGGCGUGCGAAUGGGUCGUCGAUAUCUAUCCGAAGGGCGUAUGGUUCAAGAAGUUUUUCCUCAUAGUGUGGCAAGGUACGGUGGAGAUGCCGGAGCACGUGAAACGCUCGGUGAGGCUGUCGUUGACGUGCAAGGAGCCGCCAGUGAACAGCAAUAUGCGCGUGAAGAUAGGUGUGCUGAUCUACGGCUUGCAGGACGGCGUCGAGCACAUCGCGAGAGUCACCGAGAUCAUUCACAGAUUCAGCAAGAAGGAUCGCGUUCUCAACUUGGACGAUCUCCUGCCGUUCGAGGAGCUCAAUCCGCAGCAGGGAUCGGUGUCGGAAAACGCGGUGUCUCCUUUCUUGGUGGGCCCAAACAAGGACAUGCUCAAACUACACAUCGUUAUAUCGCCAGCCAAUUAGCAUUUAUAAAAUGAAUUCGACAUGCGUUACGAGAUAUAUUAUUGUUAUUAAAUACGUCACACGUCGGAAGAAUGUUUUUAUGUUCCGCCUGUGUUGUUUACGAACACGAGGAAAAACUCGAAUGAAUUUUGCGCCUUUCUUGAAUCUAUCGUGCGAUUAACAGUUUUUAUUUUCUUUUCUUAUAUAGCGAGUAUUUUCUUAACACACGCGAAAUAACCGUAUGAGAAACUAACUCAUUGUGAAGUAUUUGACGUGCAAUUUGUCCGCGUAUUCCCGAGGCGUUCUUCUCUGGAGUUUUGCGAAGUUCGAGAGAUCGAAUGCGGAAACGUUUUCAUGUGAUAUUGAAUAAUAUAUUAACGAGGUAUAUUCCAUCGCGAGCGUAACAUAUCACGUGCAAUAUACUUCAGCGAAUGACAUAGUAGCUCCCGCUGCCACGCUGUAAUUACGGUUCUGAUUCUUUGAUGCGUAAACUUUCCAAUUCCCGCAAUUUUAUCUGACGUCUGUUUGAUGUAUGUACGUGCACGCGUGUAUGUAUAUAUAUGUAUAAUAUAUAUGUAUAUAUGGAAUGGAUGGACGGACGGACGGACGGACGGA